UAACAAAGCAAGAGUCCUCUACCAUGGCAAUGAGCGGAAGGCGGUGCAAGCAAGUACCGUGGCAGUGACAAAGCAAAUUCAAUCAACAUGCUUUUCCUCCUCUUCCCACCCAUUUUACAUACUAAUAGUAAUUCCAUCCCCAUCCCCAGCAACCAUCCAUAUUCACACAAUGCUGCUCCUGCUGCUAACCUAUUUUUCGCUUCUUUCUUCUUCCCCGGCCUCGGCCUCGCCGCUCUUCUCUUCCUCUCUGCUUCCACUUCCAGUGGAAUCUCCAUCUUUGCAGACAUCGUUAUCGGGAGAAUCCAGAGCACCAGAACGGCUGCUCGAUGAUCAACUUCCACUUCUUGGGCAAGGGGACUCGUCGUCGGACAGUAUUGUGUUGGCUCCAAGCAGAACAUACCGAAAGGACCCCCUCGAUAAUUUUAGAAGUUACACUGGUGGUUGGAACAUCAGCAAUCGCCAUUACUGGGCUUCCGUGGGUUACACCGCUGCUCCCUUUUUUGUCGCCGCCGCCGCCUGGUUUGUAGUUUUCGGCCUCUGCUUAUCUGUUGCGUGUGUUUGCUGCUGUUGUUCCUCAUGGCGUCAAAGGGAGCCUCAGAGUGCCUACUCCCGAUCACUCUCCUUCGCUUUCCUUGCACUCUUCUCCGUUGCUGCAGUCAUUGGGUGCGUGAUCUUGUACAACGGCCAGGGCAAAUUUCACAAGAGCACCAUAAGCACUUUGGAGUACGUCGUCCGCCAGGCGGAUGCCACAUCCAACAACCUUAGGAACGUCUCAGAAUAUCUCUCUGCUGCCAAACAGAUUACUGUCGAUCAGGUUUCCCUACCUCCGAAUUCCCAAAGCGACAUUGAUCAGGCACAGAGCAAGAUAGACUCUUCAGCUACAACCCUUACGGACACAACACGGAACACUUCUCAGCGCGUCAAGAAUCUAAUACAAUCAGUGAGUUUGGCUCUAGUCGUACUCACUGCUCUUAUGCUCCUUUUGACAUUUCUUGGAUUAGUGUUUUCAAUACUAGGCGUGCAGAUUCCAGUGUAUAUCAGCUUGGUGAUUAGUGCAUGGAUUCUGGUGGCGGGAGCUCUCAUACUCUGCGGCAUUGUCUAUCUUCUCCGCAAUGUGACAGGGGAUACCUGUGCAGCAAUGAACCAGUGGGUCCAAAUCAAUCCUCCUGGAGCUGGAGUUGGAGCUGGAGCUGGUCAGGUGCAUCAUACAGGUACGGCGCUGGAUGAGGUGCUGGGGUGCGUCGACAAUGCCACCGUCCAAGAGGCCUUCUCGAAAACCAAACAAGUGACUUCCCAGCUGGUGGACGUAAUCAACACCGUGAUUAGUAACCUGUCCAACAUAAAUUUCGCCCCCAGCUUCGCGCCCAUGUACUACAACCAGUCAGGCCCACUUGUGCCCUCUCUCUGCAACCCAUUCCACCCCGACGGCGGUGACCUCACAGAUCGAUCCUGCGCACCUGGGGAGGUGGACCUGCGCAAUGCGACGGAGGCAUGGAGUGGGUAUGUGUGUCAGACAAGCCCCGCCGCCGCCGACAAUGCCGAUCAUGGGGUCUGCGUCACCCCCGGGCGCCUCACCCCGAGGCUGUACGCUCAGAUGGCCGCCACAAUAAACGUGAGCUAUGGGCUGUAUCAAUACGGGCCCCUGGUGGCUGAACUUGGGGACUGCAGCUUCGUGAGGCUAGCAUUCUCGGAUAUAGACGCCAUCUACUGCCCCACCCUCAGAAAGUACAGCCGGCAUAUAUAUGUUGGGCUGGCCAUUGUGGCCGUCGCGGUUCUGUUGUCAGCGACACUACUGCUGUUUUGGGUUUGGGUGGUGGUGAUACGUGCUGCCAAUGAUAAUACUACUAGUAAAGGGAAAUGGGGCAAGGAGCUGAGACACCAUCAAGGCACUGCUGGCAAAAGCAUGGCUGUUGGAGUUGGAGACGGAGAUGCAGAAGCUUAUGAUCCCACUGAUCAUCAUCAUCAUCACCAUCACUAAGGAGGCAUAGGAGGAGGAGGGUGGGAUGGAUCAUGGAUGAUCACCAUGAUCCUUUUCGGCAGGCAAUCAGAUCCUUCCUCUUCUCCCCACCUGCCUGCCUGCCUUCUUUUCAUUCCGCAUUCCGCAUCAACCAACUUGUCCGGUAUAUGUGCAUCUGUUAGUUGUUGCCUUGCCAAAAAAUUUCUAGGUUACUGCUCUGCCGAGUUGCACCUGACGACGAGUAGUUGCAAAUGUUUUCUAAUGGGCGGAGAUUUGCUUCCUUUCAUAAUUUUCUGUUAUUCUCCAUAUGGGUAUCCUCCUAUCAUCUUCA